UCUGAUUUUGGCGAUUUUGUUCAAUUCGUGAUGAGUGGACCAUGCCACAUUUUGGUAAUCACGAAAAAAGAAGCAACUGAUGCUAUUCCUCACUGGAAAGAGCUACACGAGUCGAGUGGGAGCGUGCCUGGUGAGCCUGAGGCUAAGCCAGACAGGUUGGAAGGAACCGUGGAAACUGGGAGUAUAUUAGAUAUAUGUGAUGUGCAAGACAGCGUAGAAGAUGCCAGCAGACAACUUGCCUUCUUUUUCCCAAAUUUUGAUAUAAAGAAGACAGACCAAAAAGUUGAAAAUACUUUGGCCUUAAUUAGACCUUUUCUCUUAAAGGAAAGACGAAAUUCUAUCAUGCAAAGAAUAAAGGACGAUGGCUUCAAAAUAGCAAUGUAGAAAGAAAUAGUCCUAUCUGAAGAACAAACACGUGAAUUUUACAAAGAGCAUGAAAAUCAAGACUACUUCGCAGUCCUUCUUGAGCAAAUGACCAGUGGCCCAACUCUUGUACUUGCUUUAACACGAGAAAAUGAUACAGCACACUGGACAGAUUUAUUAGGCCCAAAGACUGUUGAAGAAGCUAAGAAGGAAAACCUGAACAGUUUACGUGCAAAGUAUGCAGUCAACAACAUACCUAUUGAUCAGCUGCAUGGUAGCUCCACACCUGAUGCUGCUCAGAAGGAAUUACGGCUCUUCUUCCCUCAGGAGCACACUUUGGCAUUCAUCAAACCUGCUGCUGCUAAGCAGCAUAAAGAUGACAUUAUGCAAAAAGUUUAAGAUGCUGGAUUUACCAUCUCAAAGAUUAAAGAAGCAGCUUUAUCUCGUGAAAUGGCUGCACAGUUUUAUAAGGAUCACAAAGGAAAACCCUUUUUUGAACAGUUAGUGACCUGUCUGACUGAGGGCCCAUCGGUGAUAAUGAUCUUAACAAAGGAAAAUGCUGUGGAAGACUGGAGGCAACUAAUGGGUCCAACCGAUCCAGAAGUGGCAAAAGAAACCUCUCCUGAAUCAAUCUGAGCUCAGUUUGCACAAGAUAUUUUGUCUAAUGCUGUUCAUGGAUCAUCUGAUAGAGAACAUGCACUGAAAAGCAUUCAGUGCGUAUUUGGGGAGAUUGAUAUAGAUUCAACAAUUAAGAUCAAUCUCUGA